GACUUGACCAGUGCUGUAGAAGCAAAACAGAGUUUUGAGAGGGAAAUUAAGAUCUUACAAGAAAGACUAGCUAUUGGUCAGAGAGCCUGGGAUUCCACUAAGAAGGAGCUGAGUCGUUUGAAGAAAAAUUUCUGUGAAACAGAGGAGAGUUUGAAAAACAGCAUGGAGGAAACAAAGACCUCUCAGAACCGUUUCUGUUUAUUCAUGGAGCAAAUUGCCGACCUUCUAAGUAGAAACUCAGUGAUGGUUAAGCCUUCAAAGGAAGAUGUGUUGGACAGAAUACAGGAAAUGAGCAAACAGGAAGAAAACAGGAAACAAAUGGUUUCUCAGCUUGAAGCUCAGAUAGCUAAACUGACUGAGCAAUUGGAGAAUGAGAAUGGACUUCACCAGAAAGCUCUGCAAAGGGCCCAGAAAGCUGAAAAGCAUUUUGAAGAUCUUCAGGGUCAAUUGACACACCUGGAGGGAGAGCUGGUGUCUGGAGAUGUUCUGCUAGACAGUUUGAGUCUUGAGAAACAAAAAGUAAUAAUCUAAGGGUAUUUCACUUAAUGGAAACAUCUGUUAUAAGAUAAAAAUGUGUCUGAAAAAUCAUUCAACAUAUACUGUACUUAGAGAUUGAGUCCUAAAUCCUAGUUCACCCCAGAAUCUCAAGUAGCAGGUGGCAUGGUUGGAGAAUGGGGCAGUUCUGGGUUUUCAGGACUCCUUGGACUGUAAUAAAGUUGGCUCUUAAGUUCGAGUAAAAAAUUGAGCAAGAAAAAGAUUGCUCUUGAAUUUUGUCUUGUAGAAGCAGGAAACUUCACCUCUAGGUGGUUAUUUUA